AUGGCAAAGCAUUGUACUGUCAACUUGAAAGCAGCACAAGGAGCAAUCCCUUCAUUGGCAGAUGCAAGGGAAGCAUGUGGCAGUGAGGGAAGGGAAAUAAAGGUGGGUGGAUUUGGUAAAGUUGGAGGAGUCUUGACAGUGGAGGAGGGAGCACCACCAUUGGCUUCUUUGAAAGGAAAAACGAACAAAGCACAUCCACAACAUCAUAAAUCCCGUAAUCGAACACCUGCAACACGAAAUCCCAACAACACCACACCAAUUCUUUCAACGCCUUCCACUUCGUCCAUUUCUGCCCAGGUCUAA